CCGAGCACCGCACUUGGAUCCGGUUCACGAGAACACGUCGCUCGCUCAUCAGCACUCUCGUUCGCAUUUCGACCACUGCCUUACUCCUCUGUUCCUUUUUUUUGUGCAUGGACGCUGACUGGCGACUGUAAAACAUUCCCUCGCUCAGUAAUGGAUGGACUGCAGCUGGUUGCCAGUAUUACAUUUACAGCUGUGGUGGCCUUGAUACCUGCUGUGAGUCGUUGUCAUAUCUUGCUUCCGUUCAGGCGGUGUGAAUUAUUACACUAUUACACGAUGAUGAACACCCUUUCAUCCUUGUUCUUCGAGCCUCGAGCUGUCACUGUUGAGACGUUGCGUCGAGGCGAAGACGACACAUUCUGGGUCAGGGAUUUCCUCCCUCCUUUCUGAAACAUACAAUAUGCGCAUUGCCGUAGGUACACUGGAGCACUCCCACUGACUAUGUUCAGC